GCACACCGACUAGCCAACAGCGAGACAGAGUUUUUUCGGAGCUGCUAUACAGCAGUAAAGACGGGCGAACCUGUUGGCUGUAUAGGAGGAAGCCAAGAGCGUGCAGAUGCUCGCUUUAAAUGGGCCUUGAGAUCUCCUUCGGCUCCUCUCCUACUCGAGCGUCGGCAAACGUGCUCGACUCUUGGGCUCGUAUUUAUAGAAAGGCGGACGAGCGCGCGACGCGAUGUACGAGUGAGUGAUACACGCUACCGAGUUUUUUUUUACAUCUUGUUAGUUACGCACUCGAGUAUAUAGGAGCUCGAGUCCUAAGCAAAAUCGGAACGCUGGCGGUGGCGGCGGCGGCGGCUCAUGUGUGCACAGUAGUAGAGGCGCACGUUAUACGCGCUUUGUUCCAAGGGCAGAGCAGCGUCGAUUACAGCUAAGCAAAUACAAAGUCGGUCGCAUCGCUCGCAGUUCAUUUCUCUGGUACUCGAACGGGGGAGCAUGACAGCAGCAGCAGCAGCAGCAGCAGCAGCAGCAGCAGCGGCGACGGCAACGGCGGCGUCGUCUGCCGCAACUUGGAUUACCGUUGACUGCUGCGGCCGCUUCUUACCGAUACUGCUGCAGAGAUAGCAGUCGCGCAGCUGCUAGCCGUACGAGCAGACGCGCGUCUACUCUAUACACCUUAUCUGCGGUGCGAUUCUAUUUUCGGCGGAUCGAACGAUAGCGCGUCGUUGUCGGAGUCGUGUAUCGGAGCCGAGCAACAUAGGCCAUCGGCUGCAGCUCUCGUUCUUGGGCCUCCUCAUCCUCCGAGCCGAUCCUGGUCGGGGCCGUGCCAUGCCUCGUCCGUCGCUGCUCGCGCUGCAAGCCAGGCCACCACCAACGCGACACGAGGGAAGCAGCAGCAGCAGCAGCAGGGCCGCCUCGCCCCGGAGCAGCUAGCAGCGGCCAGCAUGCGCAAGAAGCGACGCAACAGCUUGAGCAGCGCAGCCCUCGGCCUGGCCGCCGGUCUCCUGAUCGGUUUGCUCGUGCUGCAGCAGCGACAGCCGACCAACGUCUCUGCUGGUCUCUCCUCCGGCGACGCUCCGUCGACCCUGCACUACUACGGCGGUGUAAGCAGCAGCAGCAGCAACAAUGAUGCCAACAAGGGGCCCCCGGACACGGACGCGAGAGACCGAGAGCUGCUGUACGUCGGGGUGAUGACGGCCGAGAAGUACCUGGCCAGCCGAGCCAAGGCGGUCCUCGAGACCUGGGGUGCGGCGGUGCCGGGCCGCAUCGGCUUCUACUCGUCCGAGACGUCCAAGGUGCCGAGCGACUGUCCCGGGCUGCCCCUGAUCGCCCUGCCCCGGGUCGACGACAGCUACCCGCCCCAGAAGAAGUCCUUCCUCAUGCUGCAGCACAUGUGGCACAAGUACGGCAAUCGCUACGAGUGGUUCCUGCGCGCCGACGACGAUCUCUACGUGCGGACCGAUCGCCUCGAGCGGCUCCUGAGAUCGGUCGACUCGAGGCGCGCCCUCUACGUCGGCCAGGCCGGCCGCGGCAACUCCGAGGAGUUCGGCCUGCUCUCCCUCGAGUACGACGAGAACUUCUGCAUGGGCGGGCCCGGGGUGCUGAUAUCGCGCGAGACCCUGGCCCGACUGGUGCCCCACAUCAAGUACUGCCUGGCCAAUCUCUACACGACCCACGAGGACGUCGAGCUGGGCCGAUGCGUCCGCAAGUUCGCCGGCAUCUCCUGCACCUGGAGUUACGAGAUGCAAUCGAUCCUCUAUCACAACAGCAGCGGCAGUCUAGCGUUCACCGGGCGUCUCAAAAGCCGAGAGGUUCACCGGGCCAUAAGCCUGCACCCGGUCAAGAGUCCGCCUCACAUGUAUCGCCUUCACAACUACAUGCGGGGACUGAAAAUUCAAGAUUUGCAGCAGAAAAAAGUCGACUUGCGGCGAGAUAUCGAGAAAAUGCAAACGAGUCUGGCAGCCGACUCAACGAAUCGGAAAACGGAGCUUGCAACCAGAAAAAAAGCCGAGAGAAAGGAAACCGGUCACUGGGACUUUAUAUCGCGCUCCGAGUACAGCCUCAGCGACGCCAAUCCCCGGCGACGCCUGCACAGCGAUCUGCGCGAGGGCCUCGAGGACCUGACUCGAGAGGUCAUGGCGUCGAUAAACGCCUGCUCGAGGCAGCGGGGCCGCUUCGUCGAGGAGCGCCAGGCCCUCUACGGCUACCGCAGGCGCACCGGCAAAGGCGUCGACACGGUCCUCGAUCUGCUGCUCAUCUACAAAAAGUACCGAGGUCGCAAGGUCACGUUGCCGGUUCGACGCCACUUGUACCUGCACCAGACCUUUACCGAAAUGGAGUGGCGAGAUGUGCCGACGAGCGAGCUGGACCACAAGGUCGUUCACUUUCUCGUGCCGGUGGCGGGUCGUCUCGAGGCGAUGAUCCGAUUUUUGAACAACUACGAGCGCGUCUGCCUGCGAGACCCUCGACAAGCCGACCUCACCGUUCUCGUGGUCAUUCUGUAUCCGAGCAGCGAAGCCGACCUGCAGAGGGCGAUGCUCGAGCAACUGAUCGAGGAGUACGGCCACGAAAGGGUCCGCGUCGUACCGGGCAAGGACGGCUUCUCUCGGGCCCGGGCCCUGGAUCAAGCCGCCAAGCUGCUCGGACCCCAAGAUCUUAUGUUCUUCGUCGACGUCGACAUCAGCUUCGACUCCGAGUCCCUCGAGCGCAUCCGUAGAAACACCCUACGAGGCCAGCGGAUGUACUAUCCGGUCGUGUUCAGCCAGUACGACCCGUCGGUGGUCGGCGCGGGCAACGAAACCAGCAGUCUCAGCAGCAUCCGCCGUACCGAUUUCAACGAUCGGCUGGGCUUCUGGCGCAUCUUCGGCUUCGGCAUAGCCGCCAUGUACCGACAAGACUACGAGGCCGUCGGAGGCUUCGAUCUCAGCAUCGAGGGCUGGGGCAAGGAAGACGUCGAUCUCUUCGACCGAACGGUCAAAUCGGACGUGGAGAUAUUUCGGGGAGCCGACAGCGGCCUCGUGCACAUCUAUCACGGCGUCAGCUGCGACAAGGCCCUCAAGCUCCAUCAGUUGUCCAUGUGCAAGGGCACGCGAGCCGACACUUACGCCAGCACGGCGCAAUUGGCCGAGAUAAUCUACCGAAACCCCGUCUACCUAGACUUUGCCAAGGCCAGAAGAGACGAAGCUCAGGCUCGGGCUAAUGCUAACGCCUCUGUGGCAUCGGCCGCCAUAGCCCCAGCGGCUGCCUAAUCUUCUAUCAUUAUUCCAUUAGGCAGCUGCUACGGCCAAACAAGACUUUUCCUGUGCCGCCGCCGCUGCUCGACGCACUAGUAAUGUCUUCUAUUACGAUCAAAUAUCACGGAUAUUUAUAGCUGAUUUUUUCCACAUUUUUUUUUCUUGCUUCGACUGAUUGUAUUUGUGAUAUUGUGGUGUCUUUUAUCAAAAACACUUGACGAUGCUUACGUGUAUAAUAUUGUGUUUAUGUUUAUGUCAAAAUAGUGUAUGUCAUGAGUGUGAUUAUCGACUCGAUAAUGGUGUUGUGUUUAUCAAGUGCGUUUUUUUUUUAUAAAAGUUACCGCUUCA